AUGAACAGAACUCCUAAUACAACCGAAAAAACCAACGCUCAACCAGUGUUCAAUUACGCUCAGGCUGCAAAGAGAAGCUCACAAAAUUUGGAAUCACAGAAACCCAAACCCAACACAACGACACCUGCUGCCGCUGCUAAUGAGUCAAAAUCCACAGAGGCAGAAGCUGCAAAGGUAGAGUCACCCUCUUCUUUUGCUGCUGCCUUGUCAAAGAACGCUCAAGCUACUUCUCCUCAACCUGCUCCUGCUGCCAAAUCCAAUAGAAAUGCGUCUGUUCAAUUGCCUAGAGAACCAUCCACUGAUGCAGCACCGAUUCAAUUUGGUUUUGUCAACACAGAAUCAAAGGCUGACGAUACUAAACAAGCUACUCCCGAGACACUGACUGUUACUGAUAAUACGUCAACUCGUCGCGAUUCCACACAUUCAAAUACAUCAGGAUCUGAACCUCAUCAUUACGGCAAUCGUCACCAUGGUAAUCGCAACCAAGGAAAGCACAGCAACAACAUGCAUUCCCCCAACAUGCAACCUAGCUACGUUCCUCACCAUAAAAAGCCCAUGUCCCCUCACAUGGGUUCUGCUACAUCUCCCAACAUGAAUGCUAAUCAAGGCGGCAGCUGGCAAAAUAACCAAUAUUAUCGUCCCUCUCAAUAUUACGCCCCCAAUUCCUAUCCCAUGCCCAUGCCCACUUAUGGUGGUCAAGCAUUUGUCCCCCAACCCUCCGUCAACAAAGCUAUUCCCAUCAUCAACCCCAACACAAGUGAAGUGAUCAACCUCUCCAGCCAAUCAUCAUCUGCUAGCAAGGAAGCUCCUGCUGCUUCACCAGUUGCUGCUCACGCUUCUCCCAAGGUCGAUGAAGCUACCAAAGAAACCAAGGACUUCAAGAUCAAUCCCACUCCCUCUCGCGCAAUCAAGAUUGUUAAUCCCAGAGAAAAGGAGGAAGAGGCUGAAAGAAAGGCCAAGGAAGAGGCCGACAAAAAGGCAAAGGAGGAAGCUGAACAAAAGGCAAAGGAAGAGGCUGAAUUGAAGGCUAAGCAAGAAGCUGAACAAAAGGCCAAGGAAGAAGAAGAAAGAAAGGCCAAGGAGGAAGCAGAGAGAAAAGCAAAGGAAGAGGCUGCUAUCAAAGAAAAGGAACAAGCUGAAAAGAAGGCAAAGGAAGAAGCCGAGCAAAAGGCAAAGGAAGAGGCUGAAUUGAAAGCCAAGCAAGAAGCUGAAACUAAGGCUGCAGAAGAGGCAAAGGCUGAAAAGAAGGCCAAAGAGGAAGCCGAUGCCAAGGCCAAGCAAGAAGCCGAUGCUCAGGCUGCGGCUGAGGAAGCCAAAGCUCAAGAAUCCAAGACUGAAGAAGCCAAGCCCGCUUCUACCGAAGGCACCAAGGAAGAGGAGCGUAUUGCUGCUAUUACUGCUGACAAGGUCGCCAGAGGUGUUGCUCCCGGCCGUCUUGAUAUGUCUGCUAUUCCUGCUCACGUUUUCCAUGAUUCCCCCGUUUCUACCCCCACUGGUGUUACCCCUCCCAAAGUCAAGGGUCCUCCUAUGCCUGUCAUUGAAGAUUUCAGCUCCAUUGAUUAUCCCCCCGAGUUCCUUGCUCCCAAGGCCAGAGAUCCUGUUUCUGGCAAGAUCACUUACGAGCCUGCUUUCUUGAUGCAAUUCCAAAAGCUCUGUCUGGAAACUGACGAAGAUUUAUCUCAAUUCCAAGGUAUGGGUGAGGAAUCCAGCGGUAACGAUAACAACAGGCGUGGUAUGUCUCGCCGUCAAACCUCUGAUCGUGGACGUGGACCUCGCACUCCUGGUGGAGGAUCUGGUGACGGUAUGUACAGAAAUAACUCUCGUGAUGGCCGUGGCGAGAUGGGUAAAUUUUCUGGAGGUCGUCAAAUAUCUCAUCGUCAAGGCAGCAACGGCCCCAACUCGCCUGGCAUGGAACGUCAAGGUUCUCAUGGUGGCAGAAACCGUAGUGGUCGUGGCGGUAAGGGUCGCCAUCCCCCUAGAGAGCAAGUCGGUGCUCCUACUAUUCCUUUGGAUCAAGUUGUGCCUUUGGAGAAGGGUAAGAAUCGCUGGGUUCCUACUGUGGUUGCUACUGACGGAGCUGCUGCUACUGUUGGUGAGAAGGCUGAAGCAGAAGCUGCUGAAGUUGUGUCUCAAGACAUCAUUAUUCGUAAGAUCAAGGGUCUCCUCAACAAAUUGACGCUUGAACGAUUCGACUCUAUCUCUGAUCAAAUCUGGGAAUAUGCCAAGCAGUCUGAAAAGGAAGAAAAUGGCCAAUCCUUAAGAACUGUCAUUCAACUCAUUUUUGACAAGGCUUGCGAUGAGCCUAAUUUCGCUAGCAUGUGGGCACAAUUGUGUAGAAAAAUGUACGAUGUUAUUUCUCUCGAUAACAACAUCAAGGACGUCAACAUUGUUGACAAGAAGAACGAACCUGUUUCUGGUGGUGCUUUGUAUCGCAAAUACCUUUUGAACCGUUGUCAACAAGAGUUCGAAAAGGGCUGGAAGAGCGAUUUACCCAAGCUUGACGAGUCUUCUGCUGAAGUCAUGAUGACAGACGAAUACUACGCUGCUGCCAAGGCCAAACGUCAAGGUCUCGGUCUCGUGCAGUUCAUUGGUGAACUCUUCAAGCGUCAAAUGUUAACUGACCGUGUCAUGAUUGAAUGUUUGAUGAGACUCUGUGCUGAUCCCUCUCACCCUGAAGAUGAAGAAACUGAAACCAUGUGUAAGAUGUUGACUACAAUGGGUAAGGCUUUCGAUACUAGUGGCAGAAAGAACAAGGAGUGGCUCGAUAUCUAUUUUGAAAGAAUGAACGAGAUGUACAAGUCGACUACCCUGAGCUCCAGAGUCAAGUUUAUGAUUUUGGAUGUCUUUGAUCUUCGUAAGAGUAAGUGGACUCUGAAGCGUGGCAACCAACCUGCUCCUACCACCAUUGCACAAAUCCACGAGCAAGCCAAAAAGGCUAAUGAAGAGAAGGAAAAGGAAACCAUGAAGCGUUCUGGCAGCUCUCGUGGUGGCAACCCCAUGUCUCGUCAAAGCUCUCGUGGUGGUCGUGACAUUUCUCGCCAAAACUCAUCCCGUAACAACAAUAAUAACAAUAGCAGCAGCAAUGCUAGUCAAGAUAACCAAAGUGGUGGUAAUACCCCUGUUGCCAGUGCUGAUGGCUGGAACACUGUAGGUACUGGUAGUCCUACUGCUGGCCCUCGUUCUGGACGCACCAAUGAACUCGCCAACUUUGGUAAGACGGAUCGCGGCAAGUCUAGAGGCAAUGUCCUUGGUCCCGCCAGUAGUCCAUUCUCCAGCUUGGCUCGCUCCAGCUCCAAGACCAACAUUGACAAAAAGGCUACUCCUACUGACAGUCGUGCUUCCAGCCCUGCUACAUCCAUGGCCAACAUGUUUAGUGCUUUAGGCGGUGAGGAUCAAGAAGAAGAGCACUCUGGCGAGCGCAAGAAGUUACAACUGUUACCUCGCUCUGGUGCUGAUAACACAUCCUCUGAGGACAGCAGUGAAAAGAAGGAAGAAUCACCUGCACCUGCUGCUGAUGAGAAGCCCAAGUUGAGCGACGAACUCAUUGAACGUAGAUCCAAGAGUACCAUUGAAGAGUAUUUCAGUCUUCGUGACAAGAAGGAAUUAUGCGAGUGUGUCAAGGAAUUAGAUCAUACAGACUAUCGUGUCAUUUUUGCAGGCAAAUUAUUAGAUGUCGUUGAAAAGAAGACUGAAGAUGUUGAUGUUGUUUGUGACAUGAUUGCUGAACUCUACAAGGAGAAGCUCAUGUCAAGAGAGGAAUACGUUGCUGCAUUCAAAAAGUUCUGGGAAGGCUACGAAGACUUGGUCAUUGAUGUCCCCAAGGCACCACAACAUGUCGAUAAACUGCUUGCUGCCACAGGAAUUGAACGCUCAGAGGUUGAAUGUGAAGCUGAAAGCUUCUAA